UAAUGAAAAAAUAUUUGGGUUAUGCAGACAUAUGUAAUAAGCAAGAUGCAGAAACUGACAAAAGAAGGAUUACAGCGAACAGACAAGAGAAUUGGUCUCAUGAAUGAAGUAUUGGCUGCGAUGGACACAGUAAAAUCUUAUGCAUGGGAGAAUAGUUUCCAAUCUAAGGUUCAGGGUGUUCGGAAUGACGAACUGACUUGGUAUAGGAAAGCACAAUUACUAGCAGCGUUGAAUAGCUUCAUUCUGAACAGUAUUCCUGUUGUGGUGAUUGUCAUCUCAUUUGGGGUAUUCUCGUUACUCGGAGGAGAUCUAACACCAGCAAGGGCAUUUACAUCUUUAUCCUUGUUCGCGGUGUUGCGUUUUCCGCUCUUCAUGCUUCCUAAUAUAAUAACACAGGUUGUUAAUGCAAACGUAUCGUUGAAACGUCUAGAAGAGCUUCUCUUAGCAGAAGAAAGAAUACUUCUACCCAAUCCACCUCUUGAGCCUGGACGUCCAGCCAUUUCAAUCAAGAAUGGAUGCUUUUCAUGGGAAUCAAAGGUAGAGAAACCAACAUUGUCAAAUAUCAACUUGGAUAUCCCAAUUGGUAGUUUAGUAGCUGUUGUUGGGGGCACUGGAGAAGGAAAGACAUCGCUAAUCUCAGCAAUGCUUGGAGAGGUUCCUUCCGUUUCGGAUUCAAUGGUUGUCGUAAGAGGAACAGUUGCUUAUGUACCACAAGUUUCAUGGAUUUUUAAUGCAACAGUACGUGAAAAUAUACUGUUUGGUUCUGCAAUUGAUGCUGCAAGGUAUGAUAGGGCCAUCGAUGUGACGGCAUUACGGCAUGACCUUGAAUUGCUUCCGGGUGGUGAUCUCACUGAAAUUGGUGAACGGGGUGUGAAUAUUAGUGGAGGGCAGAAGCAACGAGUAUCCAUGGCUAGGGCUGUUUAUUCCAAUUCAGAUGUUUGCAUAUUUGACGAUCCAUUAAGUGCUUUGGAUGCUGAUGUAGGCCGCCAGGUUUUUGAAAGGUGCAUCAAGGGAGAACUGAAAGGAAAGACCAGAGUUUUAGUCACAAACCAGCUACACUUCCUGUCACAAGUAGACAGAAUCAUACUGGUGCAUGAUGGUAUGGUGAAAGAGGAAGGAACCUUUGAAUAUCUCUCAAAUAAUGGGGUACUAUUUCAGAAGCUGAUGGAAAAUGCGGGGAAAAUGGAAGAGUAUACAGAAGAAAAGGAAAACGAUGACAAUGACAAAUCUUCAAAACCUGUUGCUAAUGGUGAGACCAAUGGGGUAUCUAAGGAAGUUGGAAAAGAUAGUAAGAAAGGAGGAAAAUCUGUUCUUAUUAAGCAGGAGGAACGGGAAACUGGUGUAGUGAGCUGGAAUGUUUUGGCGAGGUAUAAAAAUGCUUUGGGAGGUUCUUGGGUGGUUGUGAUACUAUUUUUGUGCUAUUUCUUGAUAGAAGCUCUCCGUGUUGGGAGUAGCACAUGGUUAAGUUUUUGGACUGAUCAAAGCAGUUCGACGAGAUAUAGUGCUGGCUUCUACAAUCUGAUUUAUUCGCUUUUAUCUCUUGGUCAAGUUAUGGUAACUCUCACGAAUUCAUUUUGGCUGAUCACGUCAAGCCUUUAUGCUGCCAGGAGGUUGCAUGAUGCUAUGCUUAAUUCUAUUUUAAGAGCUCCAAUGGUCUUCUUUCACACAAAUCCACUGGGGAGGAUUAUCAAUAGGUUUGCCAAGGAUCUAGGGGACAUAGAUAGAACUGUUGCACCCUUUGUAAGCAUGUUCCUGGGCCAGGUGUUUCAGCUUAUCUCAACAUUUGUCCUGAUUGGUAUAGUGAGUACCAUGUCUUUAUGGGCAAUAAUGCCGUUGUUGGUCUUGUUUUACGGAGCCUAUUUGUAUUAUCAGAGCACUGCUCGUGAGGUGAAGCGCUUGGAUUCCAUCUCCAGAUCUCCUGUCUAUGCACAAUUUGGUGAAGCGCUAAAUGGUCUUGCAACUAUUCGUGCAUAUAAAGCUUAUGAUCGAAUGGCCAACAUCAAUGGGAAGUCAGUGGAUAACAAUAUUAGGUUUACACUUGUGAACAUGGGCGGAAAUCGUUGGCUUGGGAUCCGUCUCGAGACUGUGGGGGGUCUUAUGAUUUGGCUUACAGCAACAUUUGCUGUAGUUCAGAAUGGAAGGGCAGAAAACCAGCAGGCCUUUGCCUCAACAAUGGGUUUGCUUCUCAGUUACGCCCUAAAUAUCACAAGCUUGUUAACUGCUGUACUGAGACUUGCAAGUUUGGCUGAGAAUAGUUUAAAUGCUGUCGAGCGAGUUGGAACGUAUAUAGACUUACCAUCAGAAGGUCCCGCCAUAAUUGAGGGCAGCCGUCCUCCUCCUGGAUGGCCUUCAGCAGGAUCCAUUCGAUUUGAGAACGUUGUCUUACGUUACAGGCCCGAACUUCCUCCUGUUCUGCAUGGUAUAUCCUUCACAAUUCCUCCGAGUGACAAAGUUGGAGUAGUUGGCAGGACUGGAGCUGGAAAAUCUAGCAUGUUUAAUGCUUUGUUCCGACUUGUGGAACCUGAAAGAGGAAGGAUAUUAAUUGAUGAUUGUGAUGUUUCAAAGUUUGGACUGACAGAUCUUCGGAAGGUUCUUGGUAUUAUACCGCAAGCACCAGUUUUGUUCUCAGGGACCGUGAGAUUUAACCUUGAUCCAUUCAAUGAGCACAAUGAUGCUGACCUCUGGGAGUCUUUGGAAAGGGCGCACCUAAAGGAAGUUAUCAGGAGGAACUCUUUGGGUCUCGAUGCCGAGGUGUCGGAAGCUGGAGAAAAUUUCAGUGUUGGACAAAGACAGCUUUUAAGUCUUGCUCGAGCAUUGCUUCGCCGGUCAAAGAUUCUUGUUCUUGACGAAGCAACUGCUGCUGUUGAUGUCAGAACUGAUGCUCUUAUUCAAAAAACUAUACGCGAAGAAUUUAAGUCAUGCACCAUGCUCAUCAUUGCUCACCGUUUGAACACUAUCAUCGACUGUGACAGAAUUCUUCUGCUUGAUGCUGGUCAGGUACUGGAAUAUGAUACUCCAGAAGUAUUGUUACAAAAGGAAGAAACUGCUUUUUCUAGGAUGGUUCAGAGUACAGGAGCUGCAAAUGCUCAAUACUUACGAAACUUAGUAUUAGGAGGGGAAGAGGGUAACAGUGUAGGGAGGGACAAACAGCUAGAUGGGCAAAGGAGAUGGCUUGCCUCUUCACGUUGGACUGCUGCAGCACAGUUUGCACUAGCUGUUACACUUACUUCAUCCCAAAAUGACCUUGUGCAGUUAGAAAUUGAGGAUGAGGAUAAUAUCCUGAAGAAAACAAAGAAUGCCGUAAUCACUCUGCAGGGAGUAUUAGAGGGUAAGCACGACAAAGAAAUCGAAGAUACCCUGGAUCAGUACCAGGUUUCCAGAGACAGAUGGUGGUCUUCUUUAUACAAGAUGGUUGAAGGUCUCGCGAUGAUGAGUAAGCUGGCGCGCAAUAGACUUCAUCAAGCAGAACUUGAGGUUGAAGAAAAAGCAAUUAACUGGGAUCGCGCUGAGAUGUAGAAGUCUUCCAGCUGCAGCAGAUAAUGGAAUGGACCUUUUUUACCUUAUUUUAUUAGAUUUCACAGAUUUUUGGUUCUGCCCCCUUUAUCCCAUGAGAAAUUUUUGCUGUGCCUUUUCUGAAGAUGAUGAUAAGGUUUGUUGUAAAAUUAAGGAGAAAUGUAAUUUUGAAUGCAACUACCACAGAUACAGGGAAAUGGCAUAAGAGUGGCUUUUUGUUAUAAGAGAUCUCCUAGUUCUGUGCUGCA